UUUUCUACAGUCAGAUAUCUACCAAGAAAGUAUCGGAUCAGUCUCCCAAUUAUUUUGCAACAUGCACGGAGACAUGUUAAAAUAUUACUCUACAAAUCAAUUCUUUUUGUCGAUGAUGGGUAUUUGGCCUUAUCAGUCUAGGACAAGAAAAAUAUUGAUCCGUAAUAUACCUUUUUUAUAUGCUACUUGGGGUGACCUGAGUUUGACUGUCGAAUGUACAGUUACUCUGAUCCUUCUUAUUGGAGCCACUACAAAAUAUCUAAACAUUAUUAUAAAUAACUAUAAGAUAAAAGAUUUAUUAGAAAUGAUGGAGGACCAUUGGCAACUCUUUCAAAAUAAAUACGAGCUUCAUAUUUUGAGAUAUUAUGGUAAUAUUAGCCAGCUAGUGACAAAAUACUAUUCAGUAUAUAUUAACAUAUUUGCAAUACUUUUUAUGUUAAUACCGUUAACGCCAAGAAUUCUAGAUUUCAUAAAACCAUUGAAUGAGUCACGGCCAUAUAUAUUUAUCGUUGCGGGAGAAUGGGGAGUAGACCAAGUGGAAUAUUAUUACCCAAUUUUAUUGCAUUGUUUUGUUUGUAUUGUAAUUAGUACUAGAUGUAUGGUGAAUUGUGAUACCAUGUAUAUAGUGUGUGUACUACACAGUUGUAGUUUAUUUGAGUCUAUCGGCAUUCGUCUUGAAAAUAUACAGAACAAAACUGAAUAUAUGGAAGACGAGGUGAGCGAAAAAUAUUUAAAAUUAGUAAUAAAGAAGAAUGAUUCUGAAGAAUAUCGCAAGAUGAUUGUAUGCUUGAGAAAACACCAACUAGCAAUAGAAUUCGUUGAUGUGAUAGAAUCUUCAUUCAAAACUGUGACGUUUAUUAUCUUGUUUCUAAAUGUAAUGAUUCUGAGUUUAAUUGGAUUACAAAUUCUAAGUAAAUUGGGACAAAUCCAAGAAAUGAUAAGAUUUGGAUGCAUAGCUAUGGGAGCGAUCACUCAUCUAAUGAGCAUGUGUAUACCAGGGCAACUACUCGUGAAUAAAAGCGAAGAAGUGUUCGACAAGGCAUACAAUACGCGAUGGUAUACGUUUUCGUCGAAAACAAUACGAUUAUUAAGGAUAUUGCUUUAUAGGAGUUUUGUGCCUUGCAUACUCACUGCCGAAAACAUGUCGGUGAUGUCGGUAGAGACGUUCAGCACGGUAAUGCAAACAGCUAUGUCGUACUUCACAACCUUUUUAUCAGUCAGUUAGACAUAUAAACGAUAAACUUACUUAUAAAAAUAUUAUAAAAUAUUGUAUAAAGUAUUUUUUUAGAGAGACUCUUUUUUAGAGAGUUGUCAUUGUUGUAGAAAAC